AUGCUCCCCCAAGACGAAAUCGCCCGGCUCGUCGCUGCACUUGCCGACAGCCAAGUCCAGUUGUAUGCUCAGCUCGCUGGCACGGUACUGAUAUUCUACGAGUAUACGAUCACCUUUGGGACCGAGAUAGACCUCAUCUGGAAUACCUGGACGUGGGAUGGCGCGACAAUGCUCUUUGUGGCGAAUCGAUACUGGACGAUCGCUUACUGCAUCUACGACGCAAUAUUCACCGUAAACAUCAUGCCCAAGUCUGCGAAGGUCGCUAUCGUUACCGCGCAAGUUCAGACUACGAUGAGUCUCCUUCAGAACAUUCCCUGGGCAGUGUUCUCUGCACUGCGGAGCUUUGCUCUCACUCAGAGUUAUGUUCUGGGGGCGACGGAGAAUGUUAUCACGCUGUCGGCAGUCGAUAUUCCGGUAUUUGGCUGGACUUCAACUGGUACUCAAACACCGUUAAUGUCUAAAGCAUCGAUCAAGAUGCAGACUAAAUGCGCCGCAGUCGUCAUCGCUGCACGCAGCUCCGUCAUGUGUGCAGACGUCCUGGCCAUCUGUGCCACCUGGUCUACGUUGUUCCGAAUGCGGAACCUACCACAGGAACCCUUGAAGCGGGCGCGAUACAGCCUCUCUGCCGUUCUGUUACGUGAUGGAACGAUCUACUUUCUUACGCUGCUCGUCUUCAACGCGCUUCAUCUCGCACUGUCGCUUCUAGCAGUCGGACCGGCACUUGGGAGGACCACCAGUAUCAUCACGACGUUCUCCGAUCCAAUAACGAGUAUCCUUAUCACGCGCUUCCUCUUCGACCUCCAAACCGCGAAGAGAAUGAUGGAUGCGUCAACCACUUCGGCGGGGACGGACAAGGCUGCACCAGGGCAGUCUCUCAUAUUCGCUCGCGUCGUGGGUUCACUAUCCGCCUCGCUCGAUUUUGCUGAAAUCAACGAGGAUAAGAAUCGCGAUGAGUACGCAUCCGGAGUGGCUGGAGAAAGCGCAUCGGAGGGAUGCACGAACCAGGAGGAAGUGGUCCCAGGGGAAGCGUAG